AUGCGCGGCUCCACGCGCGCCGCGAGUACGCCCGUGAUGGCGCGCGCCCCGCUCGUCGCGUCGCGUCGCCGCGCGUCGACCUUCGCGAGCGCAUCGCGUCGCGGGUGCCGAGUCACACCAUCCGCGAACGCCACGUCGCUCGGGUUGGACCUCGAAGCUCCGGGGUGGAGCGGCGGGUACGGCACCGGCGGGAAGGUCUGGAGCUCCGCCGCGGUCCUCACGCGGUGGCUCGGCGCCAACGCGCCUGCCUUGGGCCUCGAGGGCGCGUCCGUGCUCGAGCUCGGGAGUGGCACCGGCGCGGUGGGUCUCGCCGCAGCCGCGAUGGGCGCGACGCGCGUGGUGCUCACCGACGGCGGUUCCGAAUCGCUGCUCAAGCUCGCCAAGGACAACGCCGCGCGCAACCGCGCUCCGGGAGGCGCCAUCGACCCGUCUUGCGACAUCCGCGUCGCGCGGUACAGGUGGGGCGACGGGAAGUUGCCCGCCGCCGUCGCCGACGCGGCGCCGUUCGACCUCGUCGUCGGUUCGGAUUGCACGUACAGCGUAGGCGGUCACGGCCCCUUGUGCGACGUCAUCCGCGAGGUGCUCACCGCCGCCGCCGACGACGCCGCCAGGGUGGUGUUGGGACACCAGCACAGGUGCGGCGCGGCGAUGCUCGCGGGAAGGGGAUCCGCCGGCUGGGGCGUGGACCCGCACCUCGACAUGUUCGCGAAGACGGCGGCGGCCAAGGGGCUCGUCGUCGAAGAGGUGCACCGCGAGAGCCUCGCGUGGCACGGGCUCCGCAACGUCAGCAUCGUCUCCGUGGAACUCAAGAAACAACUCGCGCCCUCGAAGACGAACGCGACCGGCGACGUCGGUAACGCGGGGACUAACGGCGCCGUCGCCGCCGCCGCGGCGUUAGCGGUGACUCUGUCCUCGCUGGCGCUCCCGGCGGCGGCGAGACAGUACAGCGACUACGACCCCAAGCAGUUUGAUGAAUUUCUACCCGGGAUCAACUCCGUCGAGCUCAGCUUGGCGCAGCCCAACGUGUGCAGCAAAGACGCGUUCAAGGCGAUGGACAGGGCGCGGGAUAUGUACGAGAUCGGUCAGCUGGACGAGGCGGAGAAGGCGCUGUCCUCGGUGUUGAACGGAACGUGCGGAGGUCCGAACCCGACGGAUGCGGAUAAAGUCGCCACGGCUGCGACGUGGAAGCUGCUGGGCGACGUGAGGGUGGACGCGUACAGGUGGAACGACGCCAUCGACGCGUACAACUCCUCGCUGAAGGUUUCGCCCGCGGGAACGUCCGCGCCGGGUGCGCUCUUCGGGAGGGCCAACGCCAAAGAGGGUCUUAAAGACUACGCCGGCGCCGUGGAAGAUUACGGUAAGUGCCUGGAGCUGAGGCCGAACGGUCCAGACGCGGCGACUCCCAGGUUCGAGAGGGCACAGGCGCUCAAGCAGCUGGGAAGGUGGGAAGAGGCUAUCGGCGAUUACGACGCCGCCGCGGACGCGUUCACCGCGAACAGGCAGAAACGUGAAGCCAAGAUUGCGGAGGCGCAAGCCGCGUUCGCGAAAUUCGAGUCUGGCGACGUGCCGAGCGCGACGGCCCGACUGGAGACGCUGGCGCGGCAGCUGUACUCGAGCGACGUCCGAGCGGCGCUCGCGGCGACGUACUGGCGCGCGGGGGACGCGGCGAAAGCCGAGGACACCUGGCUGGAUUUAUGCCAGAUUGAGGACGCACAGUGUGGGAAGUACACGGAUAAGGAGUGGCUCACGUCGUACAGGAAGUGGACCCCAGGGCUCGCCGACGCCAUGCAGGAUUUCCUCAAGCUGAGGUCUUAA